CCGCAGUGCGCGUCGUGCUGCAUCGGUGAUCGGUGGAGCGAGUGGCGACAUUAUACACGUACACGCGAACGCUGGCGGUGGACUGGUAUCGCAACCGUCGUCGUCGUCGUCGCCGCCGCCGAGAGUGCGCCUAGCAGCUGGCCUAGCUCGGUCCCACGACGGAGAUGCUCGUCGUUCGCGAGAAUCGCGACGGAGCGAGCGUGACGACUUGCCGGAAGCCCACCGUCGCGAGAAUCGCGGCGGGGAUGUGAGCGAGAGGAUCGCGCUCGCGAGAGCGCCGCACGUCGUCGUCGCCGUCGUCGACGACCACCACCACCGGCAACCACGACGACCUGGCCGGCCAGUCGCGAAGGGAACAAGAGGCGCGCGCGCGCGCGCACAACACGUCGCGGCGGCCGUUGUUGUCGUCGCCGUCGUCUUCCUCGUCGUCGUCGUCGUCGUCGUCGUCGUCGCUCAAACGCGGCUGCAUAUACGCGCGACUCGCGUCCACGGCAGGCGGCGGGCCCGAGGGAGGAGCGCGAUGGCGGACUUCGACGCGAUCUACGAGGAGGAGGAGGAGCACGAGCAGCACCUGGAGGAGCGCUACGUCGCGAUGGUACCGGACCCCAUCGUGAUCCGCGGGGCUGGCAACAUGACUGUAUUCGGUCUCAGCAACCGUUUCGAGUCGGAGUUUCCUAACGGCCUCAUGUCCCGCGUGGCUCCGGAGGAGUUCAAGGCGACUGUUAUGAGAGUGAACAGUGUAUUGAAAAAGACUUUACCCGUUAACGUUAAGUGGUUAUUCUGCGGUUGUGUAUGCUGUUGCUGUACCCUAGGAUGUUCCCUGUGGCCUGUCAUUUGCCUGAGCAAGAGGACUCAGCAUUCGUUAAACAAAUUGUUAGAAUGGGAGAACAGUAGGCUCUACUACAAACUCGGUUUACAUUGGAGGUUGGCGAAGCAAAGAUGCGACAGCUCCUCCAUGAUGGAAUAUGUUCUCUUGAUUGAAUUUAUUCCGAAGAUUCCGAUCUAUAGGCCCGACUAAGCAAUGCGGAGUUUUGCAAAGAAUCAGUGCAACACAUGCAGAGAAGAUAAAAGUGCCGCUACGACGUAUAGAUACUUUCUGGUACUUAUGUAAUACAUAUUUUUUGUAAAUAUCACGGGUAGGAAUGCACAGUACAAUAAUUCAACGUAUAACGGAGAAUAGAUAACGUCUUGAUUACAGAGAGGAGAGGACAGCCGCUAUUUCUUCGCGAUUAAUUCACACAAAAAAAAAACUAUUGCAUACAAAUCGGCUGAUUAUUUUCUCGGAAAUAUUCUUUGUUUGUGUGCACUAGAUGCGAUUAUAUUUUUAAACUGUUUGCGCUGGAAACUACUCGACAGCUUUCAUUUUUAGGUUUAUUCAGUUGUUGCAAAAAAAAUCUCAUUCUUUUUAUUUUUUAUGUUUUCGCUGUGAGGGAAUGCCGUCAACUUGAAGGUUAUUUGGCGCAUAAAGUUUUUAUUUUUUUUUUACCGAGUUCCUCGUUUGGUAAUCUACUCGUCAACUAGAAUUUAAGCUUUCAGGUAAGAAAUUAAUCUGAUUCAGUACAACGAACGUAUUCAAGUACGAAUAAUAACGUCAAAAUGAGUCACGCUAAUCAAUGUGUCUAAUCGCGCGUGAUGCAACACGCGCGCGCGCUCAUAUUGUACAUACGUACGUGUACAUACAUAGAAACUUAUUUUAUCUGUAGGUUAAUUUCUUACCACGGUGAUAUUAGAAAGUAUGAUAUGUAAAGCGCAGCUUUACCAUCCACAAAUUUGACGAGAUAUUUUAACACGAAUCAUCACCAAUGCGCGUGGUCACGCGUGAUUAAGAACGUAGUCUUUAGAAGAGUUGUAGAUAAUAAUCGCUGAUAAAUGUAAAACAUACCGACAAGACGAAAAUUUUACUUGCGAAACGCACCAGUCUGUAAUAGAGCAAACAGUACACAGCUGUAGAACAGCAUCAGCGUAAUUAUUGGGUGCAAAGGGACACAGGGAAAUAUAUUGUAGAAGACUGCCAUGAAUGAGCCCGUUGAUUUUUGUUUCUCGAUGAAAAGCAUUAUCAGUUUUUAUCGCGUACACCGUCGCAUAAUCUCGUGUUCGCGUGACCCUAGAAGAAUGAUGAAAAUUUGACGCGCGGGCACGUUUUCGUUAUCACAUAAUAAAUUAUAAUUUUUCGAAUAAUAAUACAUUUUAAUUUACUUAAGUGGCACUGCUAUCGUAGUACUGUUUACUCUAUUCUUAUUAAUAAUGUACCGUUUCUCGUGUAAACCAGGGAUAGGAUACUGAAAUAUCGGAACGUCUCUCACAAAAGAAUUUUGUUGCGUAGGCACUAUUUUGCAUUACAGUUGAACGUUCCGCACGGACAUUUCUCUACUAACAGCUCGUCUAAACGUGUGAUAAUGCGACUGCUAUCAACUCCGCGUUACUUUCGCAUUAACGGACAGUAGAUCGAGCAAAUUCACUCAUCGCCCAGGCGCCAGCGCAAAACAUUAAAUGGUUGUAGAAAAGUACGCAAAAGCAUGUGAAAAUACUGCAAGUGUUUCUGUUGCUGUUCAGUGGCUGUGAUCGAGAACAAAAGACUAGUUUUGAAUUCGAAUGUGUAUCGCAAGCAGCUACACAUAACGCCCGUGCUUUAUCUCAUGCGGUUCUACACGUUAAAGCCUUUUAUAGAAUACCAGAUUUACUCUGUUUCUCUAAUAUUUGUACUUAUUCUAUAGAGUAAUUAAGUCAAAGUAACAAGCGUUGCAUUAGAGGCGUCUGUGUCAUAUACAUAGAUUAAUACGAGUGCUAUAUUGCCAUAUCUGAUUUCAAUCAUAAAUACCAGUAGGCAUAGUCCAUUUAUCAUUAAUACAUUGAGGAAAAUGAAAGCAAAACAGAUCUAUUUAUAUAGAUUCUCAUUUCAAUGAAUAAAAUAUAUAUUGUGGAACGAUUAUACUCCCGAUGAUCUGUUGAAUAGUUGAUAAUACGUCGAAUAUAAUAAAAGCGUCACGAGCGAUCGUAAAAAUCACAUUGUCAUAUUUUCGGACACGUGUGUACAGGCGAAUUGUUAUACGAUUAUUAUUCUUCCGAUAACUCUAUAGGCAGACAGAAGUAUCGAUAUUUCUGUAUGUAAUAUCCGUUUAAUCAAUCCAUUGAACAAAUAUUUAAGUAUAUAUACAUACAUAUAUAUAUAUAUAGAAAUCGAGAUACACUGUGUAAUGGAAUCAUGCGUAUGUGCUUUCCAAACCGGCUAUCGCGAUCCUCUUGGUAGCGUAUAAUAAAAUUAAGGCUGUGUUGAAUCGGUCAAAGCGAGGGGGCGCAGAAUAUGGUUCUAAACUAUGCUUAAAAACAAUUCUCGCGUAUUUCUAAGAAUGAGAAUUACUUAACGUGCCGACAAAUGGAGAUAGAUUUUAUUCCGUUUUCCUCGCGUUUCUUUAAAUACGGUCUAAUCGUUCUCUCUUGAAAUACAUACACCAAGCAUCGGAAGAAAUGCAUGUAACGUUAACCACGCUCAGUUUGCAGAUAAUGCAAUUACAGAUACACUUAAUUUGUUAAUUUAUUAAUAUUUUAAUAUACAGUUACAAGGCUACAUAUGCUAAAAAAAAUAAUUGAGUCUCUAUGGCUAAUAAUAUGCAUACAUAUAUUGUCUAUGCGAAAAUUUGCAUUGUCUUUCCUUCGCUUAGAUCAUAAACUACGCAGAUUCUGUUAGAAAAAAGUUAAAGAAUUGUUUUCCGUUGGAGUUUUUCAUCCUGCACAGAUCAAUAUUUUAAAUACCAGGACAAGAAGUAAUAUUAAUUAUUACGAAUAAUAUGAUAAUGUAACAAGGAAAUAAUUAUAAAAACUAACUGUUUAUUUUCAAGAGAAGAAAAAGAAGCAAAUUGUCUGUGUAGAUAAUAGUCUAUCUAGAUUACGAUACACAUGACGACACAUAGUUUGCAUAGUACACGUAGAUAUGGAUUAUGAUUGAUGUUUUACGCUUUCCUUGGACGGUUGAUUUAAUAACGAAACUCACUUCGGAAAUUAUGCACUUUUAAGCGAGUACGCUUCCACAGUCUGAGACUAUUUUUCCAAUUCGCGUUGCUUUGCAGAAAAGCUCGGUUGACAUUGUGCAUGUUUGAACGGAGAAAGAUAUCAAAGCAUCGCUCGACAAAGAUUCUUCGAUUUGCUCAUAUCAUUCGAUGCAUCGUACACUCGUGAAUGCCCAUAUAAACAUGUAUUUAUUCUGAAUUGUAAGAACAAACGGAUGUAUACCGCAGGGAGAAGCCAAUUAUUCGAAAUUACUUUUUAGAUCUGGUUCAAUUAUUAUUACUUGAAGAGGAUUGAAUAUAUCACUCUAAGGAAUGGAAAUAUUUUUUCAAUAAGAAACGUUUUUGCGUGCGGAUAAAUAUUGACGUUAAGGCGUAAGAGUAAUAAUAUUAUAAAUAAGACGACGAAUCCGCAAGGGAAUGUAUACAGCGAAGCGAGAUUUAUAUUGACGAUUACAUCGCAAAACGUCACAGGAAAGUAAUAUAUUUUUGAUAUUUUUGAGAAGAGAAAACAUGAGUAUCGUAAUGAUUAUCGGGAAAUUUGAAACUAUAAAUUUGCUGUUGAAUUUACGUUCCGGAUUGAAUAACUUUUUUUUAUACCAAUUGCGUGUACCACGAGGAUAUCGGAAAGAUGACGACAAAUUAAAUCAAUACGAGUAAAUUACAUAACAUCGCAUAUCAUGUUACACGUUACACUAAACUAAAUACAUUAGUUACAUUAGACGUAACUUGCCAAAGCAUUUAUUUACGUAACACUUUUAACGUUCAAGUCAAUAGACGAAUUGUAGUUGCAACGCAUCCUCGGUGCAAGAGCGGCUAAAUAGUGAAAUUAUUGUCAAGCUAUCGUGGUUUCAAACAUGUGCCUUUUACUCGUGAAUUUGUGUGAAUCAUAUAAAUGUAAAUAUUAUAUGUUAAUAAUACAUAUUAAGAAAUAUAUUUGUAUAGAAUGAGAGUGGUUCCUAUACAUAUUGCGCAUAAUAAAAUAAUUACCCAAGCUCGCGAUAUCGUUGCACGAGAUUACACGACGAAUCGAAAUAGCAUAUCAUUAAUUCACAAUGGAUGCAGACUAUCCUCUCGGAGUAUCAUAACAUUGAGGUGCGAAAGUGUGAGAUGUGACAUGAGAUAUACGUAAAUAUAUUGUUUCAAGCUUUUGGUUUAACAGUCGACAUAACGCGCGAUUUACUAUAUGACGACUAAUUGUUUUCCGCUACGAUUAUCUUUUAUACACACCGUUUGUUAGCCAUGUAAAUUUGUGUAACUGUGUUAACUGUUUUUCAGUUUGAAAAUAAAAUAUACGAUUGUAUUAUACAACA